AUGCGCCGCGCUGGCUGGCAGACGCUGCCCCUGUCGCUGGGGCUGGUGCUGGCGCUCCUGAGCGAGGUGUCGCCGCAGGCGUGCCCGGCGCAGUGCUCCUGUUCGGGCAGCACUGUGGACUGUCACGGGCUGGCGCUGCGCAGUGUGCCCAGGAACAUCCCCCGCAACACCGAGAGGCUAGAUUUGAAUGGAAAUAACAUCACAAGAAUUACCAAAACAGAUUUUGCUGGCCUCAGACACCUCAGAGUUCUUCAGCUUAUGGAGAAUAAGAUUAGCACCAUUGAAAGGGGAGCAUUCCAGGACCUUAAAGAACUGGAGAGACUGCGUUUAAACAGAAAUCACCUUCAGCUGUUUCCUGAGUUGCUGUUUCUUGGGACUUCAAAGCUAUACCGGCUUGAUCUCAGUGAAAACCAAAUUCAGGCAAUUCCAAGGAAGGCUUUCCGUGGGGCAGUUGAUAUUAAAAAUCUGCAACUGGAUUACAACCAGAUCAGCUGUAUUGAAGAUGGGGCAUUUAGAGCUCUCCGGGACCUGGAAGUGCUCACUCUCAACAAUAACAACAUUACAAGACUUUCUGUGGCAAGUUUCAACCAUAUGCCUAAACUUAGGACUUUCCGCCUCCACUCCAACAACCUGUACUGUGACUGUCACCUGGCCUGGCUCUCAGAUUGGCUGCGUCAGAGGCCCCGGGUGGGCCUCUACACCCAGUGUAUGGGCCCAUCCCAUCUGCGGGGCCAUAACGUAGCUGAGGUCCAAAAACGAGAGUUUGUCUGCAGUGGUCACCAGUCAUUCAUGGCUCCAUCUUGUAGUGUCUUACACUGCCCAGCUGCUUGUACCUGCAGCAACAAUAUUGUAGACUGCCGUGGAAAAGGCCUCACUGAAAUCCCCACAAAUCUGCCGGAGACCAUCACUGAAAUGUAUGUCCUCCAAUAUUCGUUUCUAUCCCUGUCUCCCCAUCAGUCAGUGCCACAUGACACUUUCGCAGUUUUACUGGCACAUAAUUCUUGGAGGAUUUUACAGAAAGCUCUAAUGUUCAUUAUUUUUGAAGGAGUGGUUAUAAAAAGGUUUGCUGUGGUCACAAGGAAAGGAAGCCAAAAUAGAAUUGAUCUUUUUUUUUUUUCCAAUUCAUCUAUAGGCCCAGUGGAUGUCAGUAUUCUAGCAAAAUGUAAUCCCUGCCUGUCCAACCCAUGUAAAAAUGACGGCACCUGUAACAAUGACCCUGUGGAUUUCUACCGCUGCACCUGUCCCUAUGGCUUCAAGGGUCAGGACUGUGAUGUCCCCAUCCACGCCUGCAUCAGUAACCCCUGUAAACAUGGAGGAACAUGCCACCUAAAGGAAGGAGAGAAGGACGGAUUCUGGUGUAUUUGUGCUGAUGGAUUCGAAGGAGAAAAUUGUGAAAUCAACAUUGAUGACUGUGAAGACAAUGACUGUGAGAAUAACUCUACAUGCGUGGAUGGCAUUAACAACUACACGUGCCUUUGCCCUCCUGAGUACACAGGUGAGUUGUGUGAGGAGAAGCUGGACUUCUGUGCUCAGGACCUGAACCCCUGCCAACAUGACUCCAAGUGCAUUCUGACACCCAAGGGAUUCAAAUGUGACUGCACACCUGGAUACAUUGGUGAGCACUGCGACGUUGAUUUUGACGACUGCCAAGAUAACAAGUGUAAAAAUGGAGCCCACUGUACGGAUGCCGUGAAUGGUUACACAUGCACCUGCCCUGAAGGCUACAGUGGCUUGUUCUGCGAAUUUUCUCCUCCCAUGGUCCUCCCUCGGACGAGCCCCUGUGAUAAUUUUGAUUGUCAGAAUGGAGCUCAGUGCAUCAUCAGGAUAAAUGAGCCCGUAUGCCAGUGCUUGCCUGGAUACCAGGGAGAGAAGUGUGAAAAAUUGGUCAGUGUGAAUUUUGUAAACAAAGAGUCAUAUCUUCAGAUUCCUUCAGCCAAAGUUCGUCCCCAAACAAACAUCACUCUUCAGAUUGCCACAGAUGAAGACAGUGGCAUCCUCCUCUAUAAGGGAGACAAGGACCACAUUGCCGUGGAGCUGUACCGAGGCCGCGUCCGUGCCAGCUACGACACCGGUUCGCACCCAGCCUCCGCCAUUUACAGUGUGGAGACAAUCAAUGAUGGAAACUUCCAUAUUGUGGAACUUCUGGCUCUGGAUCAGAGUCUUUCUCUUUCUGUGGAUGGAGGCAGCCCCAAAAUCAUCACCAAUUUAUCAAAGCAGUCCACUCUGAAUUUUGACUCCCCACUCUAUGUUGGAGGCAUGCCAGGGAAGAACAGUGUGGCAGCAGCUUUGCGCCAGGGUCCUGGGAAGAACGGCACCAGCUUUCACGGCUGCAUUCGGAACCUAUACAUCAACAGUGAGCUGCAAGACUUCCGCAAGGUGCCCAUGCAGACAGGCAUCCUUCCUGGCUGUGAGCCUUGCCAUAAGAAGGUGUGUGCCCACGGCACUUGCCAGCCCAGCAGCCAGUCGGGCUUUACCUGUGAAUGUGAGGAAGGCUGGAUGGGCCCACUUUGUGACCAGAGGACCAAUGACCCCUGCCUUGGAAAUAAGUGUGUCCACGGCACUUGUGUGCCCAUCAACGCAUUCUCCUACAGCUGCAAGUGCCUGGAAGGCCACGGGGGUGUGCUCUGUGACGAAGAGGAGGAUCUGUUUAACCCCUGCCAGGCCAUCAAGUGCAAGCAUGGGAAAUGCAGGCUCUCGGGGCUGGGACAGCCCUACUGUGAGUGCAGCAGUGGUUACACUGGGGACAGCUGUGAUCGAGAAAUCUCCUGUCAAGGGGAACGGAUAAGAGAUUACUACCAAAAACAGCAAGGCUAUGCCGCUUGCCAAACCACCAAGAAAGUGUCCCGCCUUGAGUGCCGAGGCGGCUGUGCAGGUGGGCAGUGCUGCGGGCCACUGCGGAGCAAGCGGCGGAAAUACUCCUUCGAGUGUACGGACGGCUCUUCUUUCGUGGACGAGGUGGAGAAGGUGGUCAAGUGCGGCUGCACCCCGUGUGCCUCCUAAGCGCGUCCCAGGCCCCUGGGGUCUCCGGGACGCCGCUAGCUCUUGGUCGUAGUGGACUCAUGAAUACUUCAUAGUGGAAAUAUUUGAAAUAUAUUGUAAAAAAAAAAAAAUACAGAACAGACUUAUUUUUAUUAUGAGAAUAAAGACUUUUCUUUUUUUCUGCAUUUGGGAAAAAAAAAAAACUGCUUGAACUUAGGCUUCUCCGAUGCUGGAGAAGUAGGAAGACCUACCUGGAGGCAUUAGAACAAGGAUGGGGUCCAAGCACGUUGGACUCAUCUUUGGAAGAUGCUGAAGACAAGCAGAAGCACAUGACAUGCAGGCAGGAGAGAAGGGCUGAGGUGCUGCUGACAUGAGAUGGACAUGAAAUUUGCCUGGACGGUGACACUCUCACUCCUCC